GCAAGUUCAACCAGCGUCGAUGGACGUUCUGAUUCUUGAAGUUGAGAAGUGCAAGCUGCAAUAGGAAGCCUAAAAGCUCUGGAUUGAAUUUGCCCUCCAUGAAAAGUUCAUCUUCUCUAAGUUCUUGUCACACGCAAGUUUGAUGUGCUCAAAAGUCUAGGGAAGGCCGGGAUACAAUGGCCAUCUCAAAAGCUUGUUCGAUCGUUGCAUUUGCCCCCCUCCUCCUGCUUAACCUGUUGGUUGCCCCAACAGCUGCAGUCAAGGUGGCGAUCAUUGGCAGCGGCGUGGCGGGGAGCUCUGCAGCUUACUUUCUCAACAAAGAAGACCCCACUCAUGAGGUCCAUGUGUUCGAACAGCACGAGUAUGUGGGGGGGCGGGUCAAGGACGUGUAUUUGGCGGGUGACCGGUUUGAAGCGGGGGCCACAAUUGUGCACAGACUCAACAAGCACAUGAUGGGCUUUGCAAAGAUGUUGAACCUGACAGAAGCAGAGCCAGUGUACGUUGGCCCGUCUCUCGGAAUCUGGAACGGCCAUGAGUUCGUGCUUCGAUUGGACAGUGUGGUGGGGAGCGGUGCCUGGUGGGCGCGUUUCCUGGACUCGUGGGUCACGCGCAUGCGCAUGCUCUGGCGCUACGGCCUGUCGCCCAUCUGGGAGCAGCAGUAUGUCACGGCAAUGCUGGCUAAUUUCACGACCAUUUACGACAAGAUCGCUGUCACCCCUUACGCCAGCAUGGAGGCGCUGCUGUCAGACAUGGGGCUUUACGCCCCGACGCAGCGCCAGCUGGCAGAGGAGCUGCUGGCGCACGGCGUGGACCCGCUGUUCAUCAACGAGAUUUGUGUAGCAAUCUCCCGCAUCAACUAUGGCCAGAACACGACGAUCAGCGGGCUCGCUGGCGGAGUGUCGAUGGCUGGUGGGGACGGCAACACCGUCGGGUUUGCGCAAGGCCUGCAGCGGAUCCCGGAAGGCCUCCUUGCCCUCUCAGGUGCAACGGUGCAUUUGAACACGACUGUCCUGUCAGUCACGACCACCCCCAAGGGCUACAAGCUGGAGACAACCAACCCCCAGGCUCCUAACCUGUUCGACGCGGUUCUGGUUGCCACCCCUCUGGAGAACGCACCUAACCUGCAUUUUAACCCCGCGGUUAAGGUGCCUCCCCGCAAGAUGCAGACGACGCACGCAACGUUUCUGAGGGGAAAUCUGAACCCGGCGUUCUUUGGGCAGCCCUCCGGUACAGACCUCCCGAAGCUGAUCGCCACCACCGAGAGCCCCGCCGUCAACUUCUCGUCGAUUGGCGUCAUCAGAGCGUACCCCGACCGCGGCGACUUUGCGUUCAAGGUCUUCUCGCGGGAGAAGCUCGACGAUGCGGCGCUGGACCAGAUCUUUCGGCAAAGGAACGAGACGGUCCGGGUGGAGUGGUCCGCUUACCCGCACUACUCCGCACCCGAAAUUUUUGCACCAAUCAAGUUCGACGAGAAGGGCCUUCUGUACUAUAUAAACUCGUACGAAAAUGCGGCGAGUGCCACUGAGUGUGCGGCCCUUUUUGCGGAGAACGUCGUGAGAUUGCUGUUGCACGAUCUUAGCGCCCGUAAGGUCAAUGCUUGCGGUUGGCGAGGGGAAGAGCAAGCUUUUGACGUCACGGACAGUGGACAGAAAACCUGUGUUUCUUGACGGGCGAAGCAGGUAUUUGUAUAUACGCAAUCCUACUGAGUAAGGAUCUGCAACUCAACGUCUUCACUGCCGACGUGUCGGCUGAGAUGCUACCUACUGCUUCGCACCUGAGAAUUGUGUAUGCUACCAGGCGAGCCGGACAUUUUCGGCGCCAUACAGGUUGCUCUUUACAAGAGCAUUCGAUUGGUCAUGCCAGUAGAAAUAAAGGUCUAAAAGAUAUAAGCGAGACGGUUGAGAACUUGACAUCGCAGCUGCCAGCAGUUUUUGCCCCCGGCUACUCGAACCGUCUCUUGAGUGUCGCUGUCGAGACUCGCCCACUGAAAGGUGGGACGGUCCGGCGCUGAAGGCAGCCUGCCAGUGGGGUUCUGGCUAGCUAUAGAGCAGCAUGG